AGCAACAUCAAGGUCUGCAAGUGCCCUGAUUGACUUGCAAUAUUCUGAGCAGAAUGAACAUAACAUGCAGACCUUGGGCAAGGUGUUGUCGUGCUUUUGCGAAGGCAGUCCAGCCAGGAGCCCUAACAAUGGAUUCGCGCUGUCCCUGCACUUCCCGCCCAACCUCGUACCUUGCUACGAUACGCCCCAGCAAAAGAACUCAGCCACGACGCUUGAAAGUGGUACAUCUUGCACAUCUUCCUCCAGAGGACUUUGUCGAAUGUAAGGAGGGCGCCGCGGCUAGCCAUGCUUGGCUGCUUUCGGCCAUUGAGGAACAGCGCCACGUUCCAAUCUCGCUUUGGGUCUUGUAUCGCGAAUGGGUGGAUGAUGUCAUCGAUGGCCAGGUGGAGCAGGUUGAUUCGUGGCACCACUUCGUGGUUGCGCGUGCUCUCGGGCUAAACCUUUGCAAGACCAAGGAGACUAAACCUCAUGAGGCUGCAGAUCUCGUGGCCUUGUUGGCCGAAGACAACAAACUGGGCCAUGGCAAUCCAGCCGACUCGUUGGAAGCAUGGCUUGAUGAGACGAGGGAAGCUUUCGAUUUCCGGUUCCGGAAGGCUCAUCACCGAAGCUUUGAUGGCCUGACGAUCGCAGAGGAAGGCGAGUGGCAAGGCGACCUGUGUUUUGUUCAACUUGCUGAUCCUCAGCUUGGCAUGAAACAUGGAGACAGAUCAUGGGAAGAGGAGAAAGCAAUGUUGAGUCUGGCAGUCCAGCACGUCAACAAGCUCAAACCGCGCUUUUUGCUCGUAAGUGGCGACUUAACCAAUGCAUGGCCUGUGGGGCCGCAGGCAGACCCUGCAAGUGCUGCUAAGCAGGUGGUGGCUGUCAAGGAGGUUCUGCGCGAAGUGGACAGUUCUAUCCCAAUUGUUUUCGUUCCAGGCAAUCACGAUAUUGGGCAGGUUCCAACCCCGAAUGAGCUAGACUUAUAUCGCUCGAGAUGGGGUGACGACUACUUCUCAUUUUGGGUCGGUGGCGUCUACUUUAUGGUUGUGAAUUCUCAGUUCUAUAUGGAUUCGUCGAAAACAGAGAUGCAGCGAAAAGACCAGGACGCAUGGAUUGAAGCUCAGUUUGAAGCUCUUAAGAAAAGGCAGCCAAAGCACGCAGUAGUUCUGAGCCACGUUCCUCCAUUCAUCGCAGAACCGAAGGAACCGCAAGGCUGGGCAAAUUGGGAAGUUGAACCGAGAGAGCGCAUCGUGAAGCUGGCGAAAGAUGCUGGUGUAAGGCUUUGGCUGUGCGGUCAUUAUCAUGGCAAUGCUAUUGCGGUGGACGAUGACCUUGAGGUCGUAACUUGUGCUGGUGUUGGCACCAACAUCAAUUGGACUGCAAAUCCGGGCGUGGUGGCCACUUCCAUAAGGCCUGAUUUUGAGAGGUGUGUGGGAGAUCCUCCCUUCUUUGCCGAUGCGCAGCAUUCGGGUCUGCGAAUUGUUCGUUUUGACGAAGAAGGGCACAGGCACAGCUGGUUUGUACUGGCUGAUGCCCCCCCCACGCUUUUGGACGCUUUCCGCCAGGGCGGUAACUCUCCCUCACGCAAGCAAAAGCGGAACAGCGAGGCAAUCACCAACAGGUUAGGCCUAUGCUCGACAUCGUCCGGGUAACAUUCGACAAGGGAUCGAGCAGCUUACUCUACUUGUCCGUGCAAGCUGCCUUGCUUUCCUUCUUUGGCUGUGACGAUGUCACAUACGACCUAUCAUUGGAAGUCUUCACGGUGCCAGCUGCAAGACACCAAUUGUUUCAGACGCGCGCUUGCUUUGUCAAUCAGACAAUGUACGUUGUCUAUGCACAAAUUGUACACAUAUCAUAAACUCGCAGAACAUACUGCAGCUAAUUCAAUGAAUGACAAAUGUAGUGGAGGCUGCGGCUGCGCAGUCAAAAUUCAUGUCCCUGAAGCCUUGGACGGACUGAGCCACGGUCCCAUGAUGGCUUUCAACAUCGACACAAUGUUCCAGCUUUUGACCUUUGAAGCCACUCCUCGCAGCCAAGUUUGGCUCAAGAGGGAGACAUAGACUCCAGCGAGGCAAGCUGGAUUUUGAAGUGUCACUUCAAAAUGGCCGAGGCUUUAUCCAUUGAAGAGCCACUUGACAUGAUCCGGCAAAACCUUGAUGAGAGGAUCUUUGUAAAAUGCCGUGGAGAUCGCGAGAUCCGGGGCAGGUUGCAUGCCUAUGACCAGCACCUGAACAUGGUCCUCAGUGAGGUUGAGGAAAUCUCCUACGUCAGAGAGGAGGUCCCUGGAAAGGACGAGCCUGAAUUGAAGCCACAGAGAAGGGGCAUUGAAAUGAUUUUUGUCAGAGGAGACUCGGUCAUAUUGGUGUCGCCACCACUCAAAGGCCAAUGAGGUCUGGGCGCAAAAAAAGGAGAAAGCUCCGUGCCUUGUUCACUUGCACCCCUACCAAUUGUACUGUUUGCUGAAUGCAGCAGACGGGAAGAAUGUCAAAUAUGCAGGCUGGACUGGACUAGCCAUUGCUGAAAGCAAAUUGCUGAAAGCAACAAGAAAUAAACCAGCUCUUGACACUGGUCAUUGCUGGCGCUGGCUGCAGAGCCAGUGGCCAGUCUGGUCUUUAUAGGAACAAUGAUGAGUAGAUUCUGCAAAAA